UCGUUCCCAUGGAAGCAUAAGCGAUGUGAGCUCCGUAGAUCGAGUUCCACCACAAAGUGCCUUCUUUCCUCCUCUUGUUCCCCUAUAUAUUCCUCUGGCUUUUCACCCUCUCUUUCUCUGCCUUGUUGUCUUUCGCCUCUGUCAUCGCAACUAACAUCUACUUUCCCCUCCCCCAAACCUGAGAUACAGAGAAUCACAGGGAAGGAUAUGGGCCUUAAAGGCCCUUUCUUCCCCACCUUCUUCCGUGGCUCUGUGAUGAUGAUCACCAGCUUCUUCCGCCACAAGAUGCUCGUCGACCUUUUAAAGGAGUUGUGCUUCUAAGGAAAAGAACUUUUUCCCCCUUCUUUCUGAGAGAGAGGAAAAAAAAAAUCUCAGUUUUUGAUUGGUGUUUCUGUGGGGAAAAGGAAGGAGAAGGAAAGAAAUGGAGGAAAGGAAGCUCCUUGGGAGCUCAGACUUUGCAGUCCUGCUGCGGAACCAGGGGAUGUACCCUGGAACUCACUUUCCUGGCUCAUGGGAAGGCCGCCCAGCCACGAACACUUUCGAUAGGCCUCUGUUUAAGCCUGUUGAGUUAGACGAUUUCGGCGACGAUGACUCGGAUGAUUCUCUCCAUCACCAAGAAAAGAAGAGGCGGCUGACGACGGAUCAAAUUCAGUUCCUCGAGAACAGCUUUGAGUCGGAGAACAAACUCGAACCCGAGAGGAAGACUCGACUCGCGCAAGUCCUUGGGCUGAAGCCUAGGCAGGUUGCGAUAUGGUUCCAAAACCGUCGCGCGCGGUGGAAGACGAAGCAGUUGGAGAAGGACUACGAGGCCUUGAAGUCUAGCUAUGAUGGCCUCAAGGUUGAUCAUGAGUGCCUUCUCAAGGAAAAAGAAGAGCUAGAGGCUGAGGUUCUUUCCCUCACCAGAAAGCUUCUCCAAAAGGAGAGGAAUGGCUGCCUGGAAUCAUCUGAGUUCAACGACAGAUGUCGUGACAAGUUGCCGAACCCGGAAUCCCCCUCGAGCUUCAAUGAUUUGUGGCAGACCGUGGCACGCAAGCAAGAAGACAUCAGCUCUGCCAACAGCACCAUAUUAGACUCUGGAAGCCCUGCUUGCAUUGAUGAAGGUGGAUACUCCAUGCUAAUGGAGCUCACCAGUUCCUCGAAUGCCUUUGAGCUCGAUAAUUCAGACCGAUCGCAGAUUGGUGAGGCCGACGAUGCUAGUGACUACGACUUCUUGGCUCUUGAGGAUAACUCAUGUGGCUAUGGACUGCUUUGGUCUUAAUAACCAACAACUCUUGUAAAGAAUGUUAACACCAUGUGUAUGUGUAUUUUACCUAUCCUCCCCCACUUUGCUUAAUGAUAUGGUCUCUUGUGUUCAUGCUAUUUGGCAGAUAUAGAAGGUCAAUGUCGAUAUCUUGGUAAAGAUUGGAGCCUUGGAGGGAUGUAUUCUAGCUCAAAAGUGUUCUUAAUUAAUGUUCUUCACACGCCUGCAAAUCGGAUUCCCGUAUUUUUCGAAGGUGAAUUAAGAGUUUGGUAGUCGAAUUAUGAAGCAGUGCUAUUCUAUUCAAUUGGCCCUUUCUGAGCUACUUUAAUUUCUUCCUCUCUUUGUUUUGCUUCUCACUUUUUCUUUUCUUUUAAGCAAUCAACAGUUAAGUGAUCAAUUGGGUCACCAAAAGGCCAAAAGGGAGAAGAAAAAGGAGUCAAUUCCUCCAAAGCAAACCAAAGUUGUUCAUCUCAUAGAGUUCAUUACAACGCUAGCUCCUCUUACGAUGCAAAAGAUUAAAUCUUUCUUAACAAAGCUCGAACACAAUUUGGCAACUCGAAGCCUUUUUUUUGCCACUGUUGGUUCUAAAGUUUGAUAGGGGUGUUUCUGAACUGAAGAAGCUCUUUUUACGUCCAAGUGCAAUCAAAGAGGAAAAGAAAAAGAAUAAAAGAGAGACAGAAGGACAUAUUGAUGAAGUUUUGCUCACCCACGGCACGGAAGCAAAUGCAAAGCACAUAUUCCACGCCCACUUAAUCAAAGAACAAAAACUUUAAACACAAAGAAAAGAAAGUGACACGCAAAUGAUAACAAUGAAGAGUUAAUACUUGUUCAUCCAUCAAGUGGCUUAGUACUUGAACUAAUU